UCCCGCGCCGGCGGCUUCGGGCGGAGUUUGGCGAGCGGCGACGCGGUGUAGUCAGACGGCAGUGGUCCUGGGAGGCGACGGCUCGCGUCCGGUCUUCUCUCUGCUCCUCCGCCGCAUCCACCGCCGCGCCCCGGCCUCCCGCCCAUCCUCGAUGCAGAGCUGGGUGGCCGCGUGAUGGGGCUGUGGAGCGGCGCCCUGCGGCUCGCGGCGGCCGCUGCCUGCGCUGAAGUGCGUCGGUGCCCGGCCUCCCGCGCCCCUGCGCGCCGCGGCGUCUUCUGACUCGGCCGGCUCGCCCGUCGGUCCGCAGCGCGGCUGAGGAAUCUUGACCAUAACUUGGAAGGAAGAUUUGAUUUUUACUUCUGGACUGCAUACAUAAGGCCGUCAGAAUGUCGGGAGCCUCAGUGAAGGUAGCUGUCCGAGUGAGGCCCUUCAAUUCUCGAGAGACCAGCAAGGAGUCCAAGUGCAUCAUUCAGAUGCAAGGCAACUCGACCAGUAUUAUUAAUCCAAAGAACCCAAAGGAAGCACCAAAGUCCUUCAGCUUUGACUACUCCUACUGGUCGCACACCUCGCCUGAAGAUCCCUGUUUUGCAUCACAGAAUCGUGUGUACAAUGACAUUGGAAAGGAAAUGCUCUUACAUGCCUUCGAAGGAUAUAAUGUCUGUAUCUUUGCCUAUGGGCAGACUGGUGCUGGGAAAUCCUACACGAUGAUGGGGAAACAAGAAGAGAGCCAAGCUGGAAUCAUCCCACAGUUGUGUGAAGAACUUUUUGAGAAGAUCAAUGACAACUGUAAUGAAGAGAUGUCUUACUCUGUAGAGGUGAGCUACAUGGAAAUUUACUGUGAGAGAGUACGAGAUUUACUGAAUCCCAAAAACAAGGGUAAUUUGCGUGUGCGUGAACACCCGCUGCUUGGACCCUAUGUGGAGGAUCUGUCCAAGCUGGCAGUCACUUCCUACACUGACAUUGCUGACCUCAUGGAUGCUGGGAACAAAGCCAGGACGGUGGCAGCUACCAACAUGAACGAGACAAGCAGCCGUUCCCACGCCGUGUUCACCAUUGUCUUUACCCAGAAGAAGCAGGAUCCUGAGACGAACCUUUCUACUGAGAAGGUCAGUAAAAUCAGCUUGGUGGAUCUAGCAGGAAGUGAACGAGCUGAUUCAACUGGUGCCAAAGGAACAAGAUUAAAGGAAGGUGCAAAUAUUAAUAAGUCUCUUACAACUUUGGGCAAAGUCAUUUCGGCCUUGGCAGAGGUGAGUAAGAAGAAGAAGAAGACUGACUUUAUUCCCUACAGGGACUCUGUGCUCACUUGGCUCCUUCGAGAAAACCUAGGUGGCAACUCCCGAACUGCAAUGGUUGCUGCUCUGAGCCCAGCAGACAUCAACUACGAUGAAACGCUGAGCACGCUGAGAUAUGCAGAUCGUGCAAAACAAAUUAAAUGCAAUGCUGUUAUCAACGAGGACCCGAAUGCCAAGCUGGUUCGUGAGCUGAAGGAGGAAGUGACCCGACUGAAGGACCUUCUUCGUGCUCAGGGGCUGGGAGAUAUUAUUGAUAUUGAUCCAUUGAUCGAUGAUUACUCUGGAAGUGGAGGCAAAUAUCUGAAAGAUUUUCAGAACAAUAAGCAUAGGUACUUGCUAGCCUCUGAGAAUCAACGCCCUGGCAAUUUUUCCACAGCAUCCAUGGGGUCCCUUACUUCAUCUCCAUCUUCAUGCUCACUUAAUAGUCAGGUGGGCUUAACAUCUGUGACCAGUAUUCAAGAGAGGAUCAUGUCUACACCUGGAGGGGAGGAAGCCAUUGAACGUCUGAAGGAGUCAGAGAAGAUCAUUGCUGAGUUGAAUGAAACCUGGGAAGAGAAACUUCGUAAAACAGAGGCCAUCAGAAUGGAGAGAGAAGCCUUGUUGGCUGAGAUGGGAGUUGCCAUACGGGAAGAUGGGGGAACACUUGGUGUUUUCUCCCCUAAAAAGACUCCACAUCUUGUUAACCUCAAUGAAGACCCACUGAUGUCGGAGUGUUUGCUUUAUUAUAUCAAGGAUGGAAUUACAAGGGUUGGCCAAGCAGAUGCUGAGCGGCGCCAGGACAUAGUGCUGAGUGGGGCCCACAUUAAAGAAGAGCAUUGUAUCUUUCGGAGUGAGAGGAACAACACUGGUGAAGUUAUUGUGACCUUAGAGCCCUGUGAACGCUCGGAAACAUAUGUGAAUGGCAAGAGGGUGGCCCAUCCUGUUCAGCUGCGCUCAGGGAACCGUAUCAUCAUGGGUAAAAACCAUGUUUUUCGUUUUAACCACCCUGAACAAGCACGAGCAGAGCGGGAGAAGACUCCCUCUGCCGAGACCCCCUCUGAGCCCGUGGACUGGACAUUUGCUCAGAGAGAGCUUCUCGAGAAACAGGGAAUUGAUAUGAAACAGGAGAUGGAAAAGAGGCUUCAGGAAAUGGAGAUCCUUUACAAAAAGGAGAAGGAGGAAGCUGACCUUCUUCUGGAGCAGCAGAGACUGGACUAUGAGAGUAAAUUGGAGGCCCUGCAGAGGCAGGUUGAGACUCGAUCUCUCGCUGCAGAGACAACGGAAGAAGAGGAGGAGGAGGAGGAAGUUCCUUGGACACAGCAUGAAUUUGAGUUGGCCCAGUGGGCGUUCCGGAAAUGGAAGUCUCACCAGUUUACUUCAUUAAGGGACUUACUCUGGGGCAAUGCCGUGUACCUGAAGGAAGCCAAUGCCAUCAGUGUGGAACUAAAGAAAAAGGUGCAGUUCCAGUUUGUUCUGCUGACUGACACACUGUACUCCCCUUUGCCUCCUGAAUUACUUCCCACGGAGAUGGAGAAAACUCACGAGGACAGACCUUUCCCUCGGACAGUGGUGGCGGUGGAAGUCCAGGAUCUGAAGAAUGGAGCAACACAUUAUUGGUCUUUGGACAAACUCAAACAGAGACUGGAUCUGAUGCGAGAGAUGUAUGACAGAGCAGGAGAGGUGACCUCCAGUGCCCAAGAUGACAGUGAGACGACCAUGACCGGCAGCGAUCCGUUCUAUGAUCGGUUCCAUUGGUUCAAACUUGUGGGAAGCUCCCCUAUUUUCCACGGCUGUGUGAAUGAGCGCCUUGCCGACCGCACACCCUCCCCCACUUUUUCCACGGCCGAUUCCGACAUCACUGAACUGGCUGACGAGCAGCAGGAUGCCAUGGAGGACUUUGAUGAUGAGGCAUUCGUGGAUGACACCGGCUCUGACGCAGGGACGGAAGAGGGAUCAGAGCUCUUCAGUGAUGGGCAUGACCCAUUUUACGACCGAUCCCCUUGGUUCAUUUUAGUAGGAAGGGCAUUCGUGUACUUGAGCAACCUGCUGUAUCCGGUGCCCCUGAUUCACAGGGUGGCCAUUGUCAGUGAGAAGGGGGAAGUCCGGGGAUUCCUUCGUGUGGCUGUGCAGGCCAUUGCAGCCGAUGAAGAAGCUCCUGAUUAUGGCUCUGGAAUUCGACAGUCGGGAACAGCUAAAAUAUCUUUUGAUAAUGAAUACUUUAAUCAGAGUGAUUUCUCUUCAGCUGCAAUGACUCGUUCUGGUCUGUCCUUGGAGGAGCUGAGGAUUGUGGAAGGUCAGGGCCAGAGUUCUGAAGUCAUCAGUCCUCCAGAAGAAGUCAGUCGAAUGAAUGACUUGGAUUUGAAGUCAGGCACUUUGCUGGAUGGGAAGAUGGUGAUGGAAGGGUUUUCUGAAGAGAUUGGUAACCACCUGAAACUGGGCAGUGCCUUCACCUUCCGGGUCACGGUGCUGCAGGCCAACGGAAUCCUCCCAGAGUAUGCAGACAUCUUCUGUCAGUUCAACUUUUUGCAUCGACAUGAUGAAGCAUUCUCCACUGAACCCCUCAAGAACAAUGGAAGAGGAAGUCCCCUGGGCUUUUACCAUGUACAGAAUAUUGCGGUGGAGGUCACCGAGUCAUUUGUGGACUACAUCAAAACCAAGCCCAUCGUAUUCGAGGUCUUUGGACAUUACCAGCAGCACCCACUUCAUCUGCAAGGACAAGAUCUUAAUAGUCCACCUCAGCCAUCUCGAAGAUUCUUCCCCCCACCCAUGCCACUCUCCAAACCAGUUCCAGCUACUAAGUUAAACACCAUGAACAAAACCACCCUUGGGCAAAGCAUGAGCAAGUACGACCUUCUGGUUUGGUUUGAGAUCAGUGAACUGGAGCCUACUGGAGAAUAUAUUCCAGCUGUGGUUGACCAUACAGCAGGCUUGCCCUGCCAGGGGACAUUUUUGCUGCACCAGGGCAUCCAGCGACGGAUCACAGUGACUAUCAUCCAUGAGAAGGGCAGUGAGCUCCACUGGAAAGAUGUUCGUGAACUGGUGGUAGGUCGGAUUAGGAACAAGCCUGAGGUAGAUGAAGCUGCAGCUGAUGCGAUCCUUUCCCUAAACAUCAUCUCCGCUAAGUCCCUCAAGUCUUCCCACAGCUCCAGCAGGACCUUCUACCGUUUCGAGGCUGUAUGGGACAGCUCCCUACAUAACUCCCUCCUCCUCAACCGAGUGACCCCCUAUGGAGAAAAGAUCUACAUGACCUUAUCUGCUUAUCUGGAGUUGGAUCAUUGCAUCCAGCCAGCCGUCAUCACUAAGGAUGUGUGCAUGGUCUUCUAUUCUCGAGAUGCCAAGAUCUCACCACCACGUUCUCUGCGAAACCUCUUUGGUAGUGGCUACUCAAAGUCGCCAGACUCCAACCGAGUAACUGGAAUCUAUGAGCUGAGCUUAUGCAAAAUGGCAGACACUGGGAGCCCAGGCAUGCAGAGGCGGAGGAGAAAGGUCUUGGAUACCUCCGUGGCGUACGUGCGGGGGGAGGAGAACCUAGCGGGCUGGAGGCCUCGUGGAGAUAGCCUCAUUUUGGAACACCAGUGGGAGCUGGAGAAGCUGGAGCAGCUGCACGAGGUGGAAAAAACUCGCCACUUCUUGCUGCUUCGGGAGAGACUUGGUGAUAGCAUACCCAAGUCUCUGAGUGACUCGUUGUCUCCCAGCCUCAGCAGUGGGACCCUUAGCACCUCAACCAGCAUCUCUUCUCAGAUCUCAACCACCACCUUUGAAAGCGCCAUCACACCGAGCGAGAGCAGUGGCUAUGACUCAGCUGAUGUUGAAAGCCUGGUAGACCGAGAGAAAGAGCUGGCUACAAAGUGCCUGCAGCUUCUCACCCACACUUUCAACAGAGAAUUCAGCCAGGUACACGGCAGCAUCAGUGACUGUAAGUUGUCUGACAUCUCUCCAAUUGGACGGGACCCAUCUGUGUCCAGUUUCAGCAGUUCCACCCUCACACCCUCCUCCACAUGCCCCUCUCUGGUGGACUCCAGGAGCAGUUCUGUGGAUCAGAAGACCCCAGAAGCCAACUCUCGGGCCUCCAGUCCUUGCCAAGAAUUUGAACAGUUUCAGAUUGUCCCAACUAUGGAGACACCCUAUUUGGCCCGAGCAGGAAAGAAUGAAUUUCUCAAUCUUGUUCCAGACAUUGAAGAAGUCAGAGCAGGCUCAGUGGUAUCUAAGAAAGGAUACCUGCAUUUCAAAGAGCCGCUUUCCUGUAACUGGGCUAAACAUUUCGUUGUGGUUCGUCGCCCUUACGUCUUCAUCUAUAACAGUGACAAAGACCCAGUAGAGCGUGGCAUUAUUAACCUGUCUACAGCACAGGUGGAGUACAGCGAGGACCAGCAGGCCAUGGUGAAGACACCUAAUACUUUUGCUGUAUGCACAAAGCACCGUGGGGUCCUUCUGCAAGCUCUCAAUGACAAAGACGUGAAUGACUGGUUAUAUGCCUUUAACCCACUUCUGGCUGGCACAAUAAGGUCAAAACUCUCUCGAAGAUGCCCGAGCCAGCCAAAGUACUAAGCGGUUCUUCUGAGCCUUGCUCACCUGUGACAGAUAAAGAAAGUGUUACCUCUCAUUCUCUCUCUUUGUGAUUCUUGACGGUUAUUCUUGUAUGUAAUCCUGUGGCUUAAUGACUUUUCCCUCCCUCGUCAUCCCGCACUUCUCUAGUUCUCCUGUUCCCUCUCUCCAUGGCUCUGUACUCUUCUUAUUCUUGUGCUAAGACUUGUAGCAUGUGGCCUAACAAAGGGGAACAAAACCACUACACAUUCAUAUACACUCACACCCACGCACCCUGAGGGGAUCCAGCACAUCUCCAAAUGAUUUUCCUGUGUACGUUAGCUUCCUUUUGGAUGAUGGGUCCCCUUCAUGGUCACUGUCCCCCUGUUGUUUCUGUAUGGCUCUGGUUUUCAGGGUAACUUCUCUGUCUCUCUUUUUUCCCUCCUUUGUUUAUGAUAAUCUACUUUUUUCUGGGUGGUUUAGAUACUAAGGGAGGAGACGUUUGGUAUUGUCAGCCAGGAGAAAAAAACUUGCUUCUCUCUCUCUCUCUCUCUCUCUCUCUCUCUCUCUCUCUCUCUCUCUCUCUGUCUCUCUUUGUGUGUGUGUGUGUGUCUGUGUCCAUGUUUCUCUCUCUGUCUCCGUCUCUCUCAAUGUCUCUGUCUUUGUCUCUCUCUUUGGUUGCUAAUCCAUGUAUUUCCAUUCAGGGAAAGCACUGUGGGAAGCUCAGAAUUGGGAUUUUAAAUUCUCUGUCUAAAUCAGGGCGCAGAGCAUGGGCUUAUAGAGAGGAAGAUGCAGAAGGGCCUUUGUGAUCAGCCUGCAGCAGAGGCUGCUGCAGUAGACUGCUGGAGCUCCUCACAGCCGGGUCCUGCAAAUGUCUCCUCCCUGGGAAGGAAGCUUUUGUCUAGGAGUUCCCCAGCCCUAUUCUCAGCAUUACUGUUUAGAAUUACGAGAUGUCAUGAACAGAUUUCCCACAAGAGGGAUUGGGGAAUGUUUGACUUUCUAGUGAUAGACUGGACCAUUGUUGCUUUGAGAGUGCUGAGUGCAGCUUGUGAUUGUUGUAGCUCCCUUUGAUCAAAGACUUGUAGCUUCAGCAUAAAUCUUGAGGUCUCCAUCUAAAUCCAGUGGCCAUUUUCAAUGUAUGAAAUAUGAGCAAACAUGGCAUUGUUUUUUAGAUGCCAGAACUGGCCGGUCCUUACCACCACUCCAAACAAAUCACAAGAUAUUUAGGGUUGAAAAAGAUUGUGGAUUGUGACAUGCCUCCUGUGUGACAUGCCCCUGACCCCACUAUCCCCAUGUGGUUUGGAAAUACUCCCUUAGGAAGAAUUCACUGCUCCCAGUUUCUGUGGCUUCUAACAAACCAGGUCUCUGGAUUCAAGAAGUUAUCAUAGAAAAUAACACUCUCCCUCCACCAGCUAGUCAGUGUUGGGGACUGAGUAGGGCACAGAAUGCCCGCUGGAGCUACUUGAGUUGUGUGCCAGCGACUUGAGGCUCAUUCACACUGCUGUGUCCUGGCUUCGCCAGCCUGCUUCAGUGCCACUCAUGCACCCAGGAAGGCAUCUGCUCACCUCCACUCUACAAAGGCUCCUGGCUACCUGAGGGUAGAGAAGGAAUGGAUUGCCUUCUGUUGGGAGCUCAUCUCCACUGCAGAGCAGCCACCAGGGAGGCGAGCGAGCAUGCAGCCCCUUGCUGCUGACCUCUCGGCAGGGCUUCUCUCGGAAGAACUGGUCUCCAGCUCCUUUUGUUACAGCUGCCUUGCAAAGAAAGGGAAAGUGGACAUGGAGAAAAGAAAGGGCAGAAAUCAGACUGUUCUUAUCUAAAAGAUGAUCAACUCCAGUAGACUUGUAAAACUUUCUUUCUCUCCUUAAAGUAUAGGUUACUAACUGUAAUGUUACUUGUUUUCUAAGCAUAUAUAUGAGAUUUUUAAUGUAGUUAGAAGUCUCUGUUGUCUGAUGGACACAACAUGUCCUUCUGGUGUAUACUCAAAUUCAGCAGGCUCUGUCUAUGCUUGUAGACAGUUUCCUGGACCGGAACUAAAUAUAAUUUCAGGGAAACAAAGAUCAAAGGUCGCUUUUAAACUGAGUCACUGAUGUUGCUGCUGUUAGAAAGGUAGAUGGAAGGAUCCGCGUCUGUGCGAGGUGAGAAGCCUGAGGGAGGGUGAAGUGUGCGGUACACUAAACCCUGCGAUGACUUGUGUUUUCUUUUAACUCAAACAAAACUGGUUUAGAAAGUCUUUGCUUUGCAAAUAUCAAAUAUUAGCAUGAGCCAAACUGGACUGCCCCUUCAUCAGAGGCGCCCCCCCAUAAGGAGGCCUCAUUAGGAAGCCAGGGAAAGGAAGGUUGGAGCUUGGGCACGUGUGCUGCUACCUGCCAUCAUUGGGGCCCCCCCUGACUGUAAGGCCCAUGGUCAGAUCAGAAUCAGAGCAUUUGGGGGCUUUACUUUCUGUUUCCAGACAAGGUCACCUCUGCUUCGAAGCUCUGCAAGAGAAAAGGUUUUAUGGCAGGACCUGUUCAUGAGAUUUUUGUGGUUGCCAUAGUAGCAGGAAAGUUAAGACAACUAACCUUAAAGAAACUUUUUUUUGGGGGGUGGGGGGUCUGAGACAGGGUUUCUCUGUGUAGCCCUGGCUGUCCUGGAACUCACUCUGUAGACCAGGCUGGCCUUGAUCUCAGAAAUCCGCCUGCCUCUGCCUCCCAAGCGCUGGGAUUAAAGGUAUGUGUCACCACCACCUGGCAAGAAACUAUUUUUAAGGUAAUUUUAAAAAAAAUUUCAAAGCACUCCUUUAAACAAAAAACCUACAAGGAAAACAUACAGAUUACAGAAAAGUGAGUGCUGGUUGAAAUGAAUUAGCCUCCCCCUUCCUUCUUUAUCCUCCUUCCUCCCAAGCAGAUAUCACUCCUAACUGUCCCCCACGCCAGUGCUCAGGCCCAGCCUGCUUCUGGGGCUCUACCCUGGGAGUCAGCCAGCUCUCAGCCCCAGACUGUCAGGGACCAGGCAGUCCCUGCACAAGGCUAGGCAGGAGCACAGGCCAGACUGCUUCUGAGCAGGCCCCUGAUCUCCAUCCAUAAAUGAGGCGAGCUAAAGCUUCCUCAGCUAGGAAACCUUUCCUCCCCUUCAGCUAUAUGGAAUGUAUAUAUCUAUUAAAUUUUUAUCUUGUUUUGAUGAAAGGAUGAAUGGUUGUGAAAGGUAUUUGGGGUCUAAAACCAUGAUUUUUUCCUGGCACAUAUUUCAAAGCAUAGACUUUGUUACCUGCUGCUUCUUGUCUAAUUUACAGGGAUAUUUAAUUUUGUAAGGUAUUUGUAUAUUUAUACAGCUGUAAUGAAUUGCACAUUGGACUGGAAGGGGAAGGCUCUGCCCUGUGUGGCUCCUACUGGAACUCUUGCAUUUUCCUCUUGGGCGCUGUGCUUUGGCCCAUCUGAACAAAAUCAGGGGUGUGUGGUUUGUUUAGCGUGGGUCCAUCAUUUUCAUUUGGGUUCCUUUUGGAAAAUGUAAUCUUUAACUUGCUCUGUGAGAAGAAAAGAAUAAUUGUGUUGCUGCUCUUGGAAGGUCUGCUGAGUGCAUUUGAGUGAACUCUGGCGCUGUGUACUGCAGCCAUCCACCAUGACCUGUGAUCCACCAAGAGUGAGUAAGACCACGACCAUGGAGCAAGUCAGAGAUUGUCAGGCGAGAGAUUAUUGCUGUUACUGUUCAAAAGGCCAUUUAUGAAGUAGAUAUUUGAGCUCUUUAAAAAAAAAAUCUUAAGAGAGCCCCUAAUUACUUAAAGAAAAAAAGAAAUUUAAAGAGUUAAUACAGAACUGGUAUUAAAAACUUGCAGGCAGAGGUUAGAGCACUUGGCAAUUUUACGUGAUGCCUUUGGUUCAAUCCCGGUGCUGCAGAUCAGACAGAAAGCCAGGAGGCAGAGAGCUGCGCAGACAGAAAGUCUGUUAUAUGUUGUCAUGUCUUUAAUUGAUUCUUUUCAUGCUGUGUAUUCUGGCAUCAGUUCACCUAAGGGACCCACCAGCCUCCUCAUGUUUAAGCAUUGUCGUAGACUUUGUGGCUCUAACAUACUUGUCUGUUGAGAGUGGCGUCUCUUGUCACCAUCCCCAUGCUAUAACAGAACCCAUGAAGCAUAAGUGGCCUUUUUGAACCAAGACUUUGCAAACUGAUCUCUCCCCAGGGAAGGAGUUGAGCACAAGCAACAAUGUACAUUAUUAAUUUUGGAUUUCAUUUUCAUGUUUUAUUUUGUAAAUAUCUAAUGUUUGGAGCUUGAGUAUACAAAAUGUAAAUACAGUUCUCGUAUUUGUACUAAUCCUGAUUCUUUUGCUGUAUAGCCCUAGCUGUGUAAUGCAGACAUUAUCUGACUGUGUAUGGUAACCUUGCAUCACAGAACUGCUAGUGAACGAGCUAAAACAAUAAAGGUACAACCAGUGCA